AUGACCUAUGGUGCGGCUGUCAGUGACAUUAAUGGGGAUGAGAAUUUGGAUAUUGUCGUGGCGAGCUUUAGUGGAUCCAACAUUGUACUGACUUACGACAACAAAAGUCGCAUGUUACAGAACGUGGCACUGACUGGUUCACCCUUCGAGGCUCUCAUGGAUCCCGAGGGUCGGGCUGUAGGCGUGGCUGCAUGUGACGUCGAUGGCGAUGGAAGGGAAGAAAUUUACAUUCUCAACUCCAACACUGACGUCACAGGGCGGCAAAAUCACGGAGACAAGUUAUUUAAAUAUGUUGAUAAUAGAUAUGUUGAUCUGCUUUCGGAUUCCCUCAAUGCUUGGAUUCCGGAAGUGACGCACGUGGGUCAUUCUGUGACGUGUAUCGAUAGACAAGGUACAGGUCUGUACGCAUUUGCUGUGAUGACCUCCACGCGAAACGGGACGGAACGAUUAAUGCUCAUUGAAAUGGACGUAUCUCACCCGGAAAAUAAUCGUGAUAGCGGGCCGAUUGUCUUGCGAGACGUUGCUAUGGACGCCGGGAUAGACCAGGCAAAGGGCGGUGGAGGCAUAACCAUUGGUCCGAUUCUAGGAACAGACGGGCGUUCGGAUAUUUUCGUUAACACGGAGAGUUUUUGGAAUAAAAACAGGGAAAACAAGCUUUUUAUGAAUAAUGAAGGCGGGAAGUUCAGAAAUGUAGCUCGACAAUUAGGUCUGGCGGACAAAAACCAAAAUGUGAGAGGCAUUGCGAUAGGGGACAUAAAUCAAGAUGGUCUAAUAGAUAUUGUGACCGGAAGUUGGUUAGGAUCCCAAAGAUUGUUUAUUCAGCGUAUUUCAUCCUAUAGCGGAAGAGUGAAAUUCAGUGACAUGGCGACUGCAGAAAUGCGAAAGAGUUCUGCUUUGUGCUCGCUAGCGGUAGCGGACUUCAACAACGACGGUCACACUGAAAUAUUCUACAAUAACGCAAUGUAUCAUGGAGCCCAGCCAAACAGGUUAUUUACAGUUCGCACAACGAAACAUGAAACAGGACAAAAAUUGAAUGUAACAAAAGUAAGUAUCGGGGAAGCUCUUGAGCCAAGAGCAUAUCCUACAGGAAGUGUCGUGACUGAUAUUGACCGUGACGGUGUCCUUGACCUUCUCAUAACUCAUGGCGAGUCGUCUGGAAAUACUAUUACGGUAUAUUCGACAAGAUCGCCCGUUAGGUCUAAAAAACGAACGAGAGACAGAAUGACAUCACAGAGGUCAGAGGUGAUUCAAAGGACAACGUUCGGAAAUAAUCUCCCAGGUAAAAUAAUACAUAACCCAUCACAAGGUCCGACUAGAUUUACAAAUUACUGGGUAAGAAUAAUCCCCAAAACCCGAUUCGGAGCUCCAGCUCGGGGGUCAAAGGUCACCUUAGUGUUAGCCGGGGGUAUAAUGAUGACCCAGGUCAUUGGUGGAGGAUCCGGGUACCGCGGCCAGAUGGAACCGGUGGCACAUUUCGGAAUAGGGCAGACACCGGAUGUGCUAUUAUUAGAAAUCCAAUGGCCUGAUGGAAAGAUACAUCAACGGGAAAUGGGAGUAUCAGAUUUGAACAAGGUCCACGAAGUUCAUUGGUCUAAUUUGUACGACGAAAAAAGUCUAUUUGAUAAUAAGCACGUGGAUAAACGACUUCGGAGGACAACCGGAAGCGCAUCAUUUAUGAACCCCAGCUCUACAAUAGUUAUACUGCUGUGGUGUUUGUGUAUUGCCGAUUAUUUUUCUGUUAUUUAA